AUGUCAUCACCCGAAACAUAUUGGUCAUGUCCAGAUUUACCAGCUAAUUCAACAGAUAGUUUGUGUUGUUUCGUCAAUUCAACAUGUGCGAAUUACGUCUGUGAUUCAUUUGGAUCUACACAAACAAACGUUACUUCGAACGGAUCGACUUUUCAUAAUUGUAUGGUACGAAAUGGUACUUUAGCAACUGAUAUGAUCAAGAAUCAAACUGAAAACAAUGGUUCUUGUUCAUCACAGACUUGGGGUAAUGGCUGUAUUGUUAGAACUGCUUUAUCAGACAAUGAUUCCACUUCUACUUCUAACACAAAUACGACUUCAAGUGGAUCGUCAGGUUCUUCAGAUGCCUCAAGAGAAUUCAUGGUAAUUAACCAAUCUAUCCUACUGGGUAUUGUCGGAGUUUCAUGGUUGAUCAAGAAAUUCCUUUAG